UUCCCAUUUUGUUGUUUCAGAAAGAUAUCAAGAAACCAUGAACAACUUUAGUAAUGAAGAGUUUGACUGCCAUUUCUUGGAUGAAGGCUUUACUGCCAAGGACAUUCUGGACCAAAAAAUUAAUGAAGUUUCUUCUUUUGACAAUAAGGAUGCCUUCUAUGUUGCGGACCUGGGAGACAUUCUAAAGAAACAUCUGAGAUGGUUUAAAGCUCUUCCUAGGGUCACCCCCUUUUAUGUAGUCAAAUGCAAUGAUAGCAGAACCAUAGUGAAGACCCUAUCUGCCAUAGGGACAGGAUUUGACUAUGUCAGCAAGACUGAAAUCCAGUUGGUGCAGAGUCUCAGGGUGCCUCCAGAGAGGAUUAUCUAUGCAAAUCCUUGUAAACAAGUGUCUCAGAUUAAAUACGCUGCCAAUAAUGGACCCGAGAUGAUGACUUUUGAUAGUGAAGUUGAGUUGAUGAAAGUUGUCAGGGCACAUCCAAAGGCCAAGUUGGUUUUGCGGAUUGCCACUGAUGAUUCCAAAGCAGUCUGUCGCCUCAGUGUCAAAUUUGGUGCCACACUCAAAACCAGCAGGCUUCUUUUGGAAUGGGCGAAAGAGCUAGAUAUUGAUGUCAUUGGUGUCAGCUUCCACAUGGGAGGUGGUUGUACUGAUCUGGAGACCUUCGUGCAGGCCAUCUCUGAUGCCCACUGUGUCUUUGACAUGGGAGCUGAGGUUGGUUUCGACAUGUAUCUGCUUGAUAUUGGUGGUGGCUUUCCUGUAUCUGAGGAUGUAAAGCUUAAAUUUGAAGAGAUCACCAGUGUAAUCAACCCAGCAUUGGACAAGUAUUUUCCAUCAGACUCUGGAGUGAGAAUGAUAGCUGAGCCAGGCAGAUACUAUGUUGCAUCAGCUUUCAUGCUAGCAGUUAAUAUCAUUGCCAAAAAACUCGUAUUAAAGGAACAGACAGGCUCUGAUGAUGAAGAUGAGUCAAGUGAACAGACAUUUAUGUAUUAUGUGAAUGAUGGAGUAUAUGGAUCAUUCAACUGCAUCCUCUAUGAUAAUGCACACGUGAAGCCUCUUAUGCAGAAGAGACCCAAACCAGAUGAGAAGUAUUAUUCACCCAGCAUCUGGGGACAGACCUGUGAUGGCCUGGAUUGCAAGGUUGAGCACUGUAACUUUCCCAAGAUGCAUGUGGGCGAUUGGAUGCUCUUUGAAAACAUGGGUGCUUACACUGUCGCUGCUGCUUCCACUUUCAAUGGAUUCCAGAGGCCGACCAUCUACUAUGUGAUGUCAGGGCCAACAUGGUAACUGAUGCAGCAAAUCCAGAACCACGAUUUCCCACCCAGCAUAGAGGAGCAGGAUGUUGGCACCGUGCCUGUGUCCUGUGCUUGGGAGAGUGGAAUGAAAUGGCACCCAGCAGCCUGUGCUUCAGCUUGUAUUAAUGUGUAG